CAAAUGUAUUUUAGUAAACAUGAAUGCGAAUCAGGCGUUUUGCGUGGCUAUUGCCGUUUUACUUCUUCAAAAUAUUAACAUCCAACAGCAGCAAAUGUUCGCCAUUUUCAUUCUGUAUCAGAGAUGGGCAAAUGAAUAUUUUGAAAUGAUGAACAUUGCUCUUCUAAGAAGACGACGACGUUUCCGUCGAGUUCGUAAUAGGCCCUACGCGUGGACUAUUCCUCGGCCAGCCGAAUCGUGGUUCGAUGUCCAUUAUAACGACCCGGCAAUUCCAGAGGAGUACUUUCGACAGCAACUAAGGGUGAACAGGAACACGUUCGAAACAAUUCUCCAUAUCUUGGGCCCGAGAUUAGAGAGGCGAAACACGCGGUUCAGGGAUUGUAUACCUCCAGCAAAAGUUCUUGCUCUGGGACUAUACCGCUUGGCCCACGGAAAUUCUUAUUCCACCAUUGGCCCGGUAUUUAAUGUAGGAAAAUCGACUGUUAUCGAGGCCGUACAAGACGUUGUGAAAGGUCUCUAUGAACUUCGUGACGAGUACAUAAAAUUCCCAGAGACCAUCGCUGAAGUCAGUUCAUCGAUUGCAACGUUUGGAGAUCUUACCAACCUACCAAAUGUCGUUGGGGCUAUUGACGGCUCGCAUAUUAGAAUUAAAGCACCCAACGACAGUGCACCGGAUUAUUUUAGUCGGUAUCAACAGCACGACUUCAUAAUCCAAGCUAUUGUUGAUAGCAAGAAGGUUUUUAUGGAUUUUGCGUGUGGAUAUCCUGGAAGCAUGCACGAUGCUCGUGUAUUGAGGCGCAGCACUAUCUUUCAAAGAGCAGAACAGAAGAAUGUCCUAACCCAGCCAACUGUUAAUGUGAAUGGUCAUGACAUAGGUCCGUACCUUUUAGGUGAUAGUGCCUAUCCUCUUUCUCCAUGGCUAAUGAAACCGUAUCCAGAGGACACACGGGACCCAAGGGAAAUGCCCUUUAAUAAGGAACUUUCCUCUGCAAGGGUAAAGGUUGAAUGCGCUUUUGGUGUUUUAAAAAGUAGAUGGAGAAUACUCCUGAAACGAUUGGACAAUGGAAUACCAUUUGCAGUACGUAAUGCUGUAGCUUGUGCAGUGUUGCACAACAUCUGCAUCAGAAGCGGGGAUGAAUGGGACGACGAGGAAGAGGAAGAUGAUUUUGGCCCUGGAGAUCAAGCUCCAAACGUAAUCGGAGACGGGGAUAACAUAAGAGAAAUCCUUAAAGACUUCCUUUAAACCUUCACGUGUACCCACACUAAAGCUGCCCAAAGUUUGGUUUCGGUUUCUUUAUUAUCACUCUGUUUUCAACAAUGAUCCAUUGCCAAAAAAAUGAUUUCUUCACCUAUGAGAUUAUACAAUUAUAAUAACAUUGUACAAUUGAAAAAAUAUAUGUCAAUAUAUUCAAGUCAAAACUAUAACGGUUAAUGUUGAGGCCUAAACGUCCAGACACUCCGAAAUAAAUCGAGGUCAGUCAUUGAGUGCUUUUAAAAUCAUGUUUUGUAAAACAGCUUCUCCGGAAGCGACAAUGUAACAAAUAUAUGUAUUUCAAAUAAAGAACUGUAACGCUCUGUUGUCUC